CCCUCAUACCUUUCGUUGUGCCUAAUAUCUUAAAAUUGCCCUUUCGUUGAUUACUUAGCUUUGUUGUGCACAGUUAAACCUUUGUAACAGUCCUUUUGAUACUGUAUACAUACAGUUGAAGUCGGAAGUUUACAAGCGCUUAGGUUGGAGUCAUUAAAAAACUCAUUUUUCAAACACUAGUCAAAUUUCUUGUUAACAAAAUAUAGUUUUGGCAAGUCGGUCAGGACAUCUACUUUGUGCAUGACACAAGUAAUUUUUCCAACAAUAGUUUACAAAUAGACUAUUUCACUUAUAAUUCACUGUAUCACAAUUCCAGUGGGUUAGAAGUUUACAUACACUAAGUUGACUGUGCCUUUAAACAGCUUGGAAAAUUCCAGAAAAUGGUGUCAUGGCUUUAGAAGCUUCUGAUAGGCUAAUUGACACCAUUUGAGUCCAUUGGAGGUGUAUUUCAAGGCCUACCUUCAAACUCUGUGCCUCUUUGCUUGACAUCACAGGAAAAUCAAAAGCAAUUAACCCAAGUUAAACAAUUUAAAGGCAAUGCUACCAAAUACUAAUUGAGUGUAUGUAAACUUCUGACGCACUGGGAAUGUGAUGAAAGAUGUAAUAAAUCAUUCUCUACUAUUAUUCUGACAAUUCACAUUCUUAAAAUAAAGUGGUGAUCCUAACUGACCUAAGACAGGGCAUUUUUACUACGAUUAAAUGUCAGGAAUAGUGAAAAACUGAGUUUAAAUGUAUUUGGCUAAGGUGUAUGUAAACUUCCGACUUCAACUGUAUGCUAUGCAGGCAGUUAGCAUGUCAUGCUAAUGAAUAGCCACACUGGCAUCUUGGUAACAGCUUGUGCGACUUAACAAGUUAGACAUUAUAAUCUAUCAGCAAUUGCUGAGCAAUUGUCGUGUCACAAGGCCAUUUGUCUCAGGCUAACUGAUAAUCAUCCAAAUGAUCCCAAGACCACUGGAGCAACACAGAAGGACUCAUUUGGUAUCAAUACCAAGCCACAUAAACAGUAGAAAUGAGCCCCUUGCUCUCGAAGACUGUGCUUCAAUGAAUCCUUGGUGAUAUGGUGGCAGAGCAUUACAUUAUAUUACAUUAGGAACCACAGCUCAUCCUAAUCAACAGAGACAGGCGGUUGUUUGCUCUGUAGCUCCGCUAUAAUAGAGACCACAUAUGACUACAGGCUAACAUCAUCAGUGACUGUAAUGAAUGAGCCUACCUACAUAUGAAGAUGUGCUAACAUCAUUAGCGACUUUAAUGAGCCUAUUAUAUACCUGUUAUGUCUCAUCUCUCUCUCUUCCAGAAAAAGACAAAGUACUCAGCGACUCGCAGGUUACUGCUGAAGCAAAAACUGCUGAAGAAAGCUGGGGUCUUGCUGGUCCAGGAGCUAAGCAACAAGGUGACGGAGAGGGAAAGCACCUUGAGCGAGAGAGUACCACCGCUGAAACUCUCCGGCCUAUCUGUGCAAGAGCUUCAGGAGCUCUGUAAGGAACUGCACAGGAAAUGUGACACAGUGGAUGAGGCACGAUACGAUAUUGAAGCAAAAGUGCUCAAGAAUGAGAAAGAGCUCGUGGACCUGAAUGCAAAGAUCAACGAGCUGAAAGGGGGGAAGAGACCUAACCUCAAGAAGGUCAAGAAGUCUGCUGACGCUAUGCUGGGGGCUCUGACUGAGGCCAAACUCAGCUCCAAGGCGGACUUCAAGUCCAACCUGAAGACAGUCAAGAAGGACAAGAAGGAAGAGGAGAAAGUGGACCCAGGUGACUGGCGGAAGAAUGUGGAGUCCAUGUCUGGAAUGGAGGGAAGAAAGAAGCUUUUCAAUAGCUAAAACAGUUACAAAUGUAAAUGCACUGGCUCUGUAGAGAUCUGCGGCUGCAUUGCCUGAUUGUUUACUCAUUUUUAUUUUGGAUUUUCCCGAAAAAUAUAUUUUUUGCAGUGAGAUUGUGUUUUGGGGGAAAGUAUGAAGUGUGAGGUAUUUUACACUAAAGACUGAGGGAACUAUAAAGACUCUGAGAACUAAUCAAUAUUUUUAUUAAAAACUAUUUGGUGUGGGCUACAUGAUUUUGAUUCCUAUCAAGAGAAAAUAGUCAAAUGUGGAACAACCUAAUAAUACUCAUCAUAUUAGUUCAUUUUGUAAAUAUUCAAUUCCAGUUGAUUAAAACACCAAUUAUUCUG